GGCAUCUUUCUGCAAACGUUUAAUUGGAUCCAAAGAAAAGGAGAAGUGGAGAUUAGCAGCCUGGUCUGUGUGGAACGUGAACAAAUUCUGUACCCCUCUACAAAAGGAUGAGGCCUUUGGGAGCAGCCCCUUACCUUCUCCUGGUGUUGCUGGUGGUCGGAUUGUUGCAUGAAUCGUCCUGCGGUGACAACCCCCGCUACGAGAAGUUCCUGAGCCAGCACCGGGAUGAGCCCAGGAGCCGGUUUCGGGGCCGAUACUGCAACACCAUGAUGGGCAGCCGUGACCUCACCAGGCCUGAGUGCAAAGAAGUGAACACUUUCAUCCAUGGCUCCAAGAGGCAGAUCCGGGCUGUGUGCACCACCACUGGCGGGGUCCCCUACGGGGCGCUGCGGCGCAGCCGGCAGCACUUCAGGGUCACCACGUGCACCCUCAGGGGAAGCUCGACCCGCCCGCCGUGCGAGUACAGGGAAAACACCACGCCCAGAUACAUUGUCAUCGGCUGUGAAAAUGAUUGGCCCGUCCACUAUGAUGAAAGCCAGAUUGUGAUCACCGCAUGAGACCCAACUGGAAGACGCUCCGAUUGGGUCGCUUAACUCUGAUUAGAUCGCUUUUCUUUUAAAACACUUGUAUCCUGCAUCAGUUCAGGCUUCUAAUACCCCAAUAUAGAUUAAUUAGGAAGGGGCUGUAGCUCAGUGGAAGAGUGCCUACUUUGCAGGCAGAUGACUCCAGAUUCACUCCCUGGCAGCAUCUCCAGAUAGGGUUGGGAAAGAUGUCUGCCUGAAAGCUUGGAGAGCUGCUGCCAGUCAGUGUAGACAAUACUGAUGAGCUAGAUGGACCAAGGGCCGGACUCAGUAUAAGGCAGCUUUCUAUGUUCCUGUGUACUUAUGAAAGGCACCAGCUGGCCAACAAAUCCUGCAUAUAAUGCAUUCUGUUCAGCAUUUAUUUAUCAGUAUGUAAGCAAGAUAGGGCCAUGGCUCAGUGGCAGAGCAUGCAGAAGGUCGCAGGUUCAAUCCCUGGCAUCUCCAGGUAGGGUGGGGAAAGUCCCCUGUUUGAAAUCCUGGAGAGGAACAUAGGAAGCUGCCAUAUACUGAGUCAGACCCUUGGUCUAUCCAGCUCAGUAUUGUCUCCCCAGACUCUUAGCAGCUUCUCCAAGGUUGCAGGCAGGAAUCUCUCUCAGCCCUAUCUUGGGGAUGCCAGGGAGGGAACUUGGAACCAAGAUGCUCUUCCCAUAGCGGCUCCAUCCCCUGAGGGGAAUAUCGUAGAGUGCUCACACUUCCAGUCUCCCAUUCAUCUGCAACCAGGGUGGACCCUACUUAGCUUAAGGGGACAAGUCAUGCUUGCUACCACAAGACCAUCUCCCUCUCCUAGACCAGCUCUCUUUUCCUAAAAGAUCUGCUGCCAGUCAGUGCAGGUAGGACUGACCUAGAUUAAACAAGGGUCAGACUAAGCAUAAGGCAGCUUCAUAUUAAACUUGCACUUGGGCACAUCCAACUGCUGUGCUGUCAUUCAUCUCUUGUGGGUCAAAGCUCUGCCUGCCUCCCUCCUCUCACUCUCUCUUGCUAACUAUACUUUCUGUCCUUUGCUGGUUCCCUCACUAUCAAUAUUUAGAUUGUAAGUUGCUUGGGGCAGGGAUGCCUGUUGCUGAUUGUUAUUCUGCAAAUGGCUGUCUGCAUAGUAUAUAUAAUCACAGUAAUAAUACUUAUAGAAAGUUGAGAGUACUCUACUACAUAACUGGUACUCUGCCGGAAUAUACUUGAUUUUCCAAAGUUAAAGGGGGGGAAAUUAAGAGAUUUUCCUUUUGUCGAGUGUUAAGAAAACCAGGUUGUUUAAAAGCAUUGUCCUUAACAGUAGUAUUGAACGAGAAGCUGCAUAUAAAGAAAUUAAAGGUUCUCGGAAUUUUG